UUCACCUGUCAGACUCAAUUUCUGGACACGACAGGCUGUAAAACGCGUCGACCUCGCGCUAGCUGCAAUGAGCGGGGGUGAUACUCCGAUAGUAUAAUAUGGAGGAUAAUAUGGAGGUUGCGCCUUUUUUUCCCCCUCACCAGUCAAGCUAUAGCAGAAUGCCAUCCAAACCGACUAUCGUCCUCGUCCUCGGUGCCUGGUGUUUACCACCAGUCUAUGAACAACUUCAGUCUCGUUUAUCGCGGAGGAAUAUUCCCUCCGAAUCACCUGCUCAUCCGUCGAUCGGCGCAGAACCACCGACAAAAACACUAACAGACGAUGUUUCCUCCCUCCGACAAACAUUGACAAAAUUGGUCGAGGAAGGAAAAGAUGUUGUGGUAGUGGGACAUUCAUACGGUGGCGUCGUGACCUCCAACGCAGUCGAAGGACUCAGCAAAGCCGAUAGAAGCAGACAGGGCAAAAAAGGAGGCGUUGUCCUGGUCGUAUACAUGUCUGCUUUUGUCCUUCCAAAGGGAACAAGUCUGAAAGAUAUGCUGGGUGGGGAGUUUCUGCCGUGGAUGAAUAUUGAUGGCGACUAUGUAUCCGUCGAUAACCGCGUCAAAGUCGGAUUCCACGAUGUCUCUCCCGAUGAACAGGAGAAAUGGAGUGACAGUCUGACGCAUACGUCGAUCGGUGUUUUCUCUGGUGCUUCGACGUAUGAACCGUGGCAUUCUAUUCCAUCUGCUUAUAUUUUGUGUGAAGAAGAUCAGGCAUUACCAUUCCCGAUUCAGGAACAUAUGGCUGGAACACUCGGGACAGAGUGGAUAUACUCGUUGAAGAGCUCGCAUUUCCCCUUUCUGAGUAUGCCGGAUCGAGUGGCUGAUAUUUUGGAGGAGUUGGCGGAUAGAGUGCAGCUGAAGUUGGCAAAGUUGUAGUUAAAAGCAGAAAUGACUACGUAUAUCAACUACCGUGUGAACCAUACAUUUCUGCAGUGAUUAAUCAUCAAGGCAAGAUGGCCGAGUUGGUCCAAGGCGUGAGGUUAAGGU